AUGGAUACUACAUUAGAUAAUACUAGAAUUAAAUACCCAUCGUUGUUAAGUGAUAUUAUUCUACAUGAAAAUGACCUAACUGAACAAGCGAAAAAUCAGUUUAGUUAUCAUGAUAAAAUAUGGCGUGGAUUCGAAUCGUAUCGUCAAAGUAUACUUCGUAAUCAAUAUCUGACACCUGUUGGCCGACAUUUAGCUCUGUAUGAAAUCGAUAAGUUACACACAGAUUGUAAACAUGUUCUGAAUUAUGCAGCAGAUAAUAUUCAACUUCUUCAUCACAAUUUACCAUCUACUGGUCCAUUGGUUAUUUGCGGUCUACCACGUACAGGUUCGACAUUUCUGUUCAAUUUAAUGGCUUGUGAUCCGAAUUGUCGUGCACCAUUAUACACUGAUAUGUGCGUUGAUAUUAUUCCACCCAUCUCACGAUCCGAUUCAAUUGAACAAAAACGACGAAUAGAUGCAGUCAACUUGUCUAUGAAACAAAAAGAAUAUUUGAUUGGUUCACAAAGUCAUAUAGCUGAAUCGCAUCCGAAUUUUCCAUUUGAAGAAGAUUAUAAUAUUUUACUUCAAGCAAGUUUUCUUCCAUUUUUUACAAGUAUAGUAUGUGAUGAUGAAAUCAAUUCUGAUAAAUGGCUUCAAAUAGAAAUAAACAAAGAUUAUAUUUAUGAUUAUCAUGAAGUAUUCUUACGUUUAUUAAAUUCUGUUGAUAUGCCGCAAUCUCAUUGGUUAUUAAAAUCGCCGAUGCAUAGUUUACAUCUUGACAGACUUGUUCAACAUUAUCCGAAUGCAUUAUUAGUAAUGACUCAUCGCAAUCUAGACGAAGUUAUUCCUUCAUUGUGUGCAUUAGCACAAACAAAUGUUCAAUCAACUUUUGAUAAAACAGACUUUAUUAGUCGAAAUCGAUUGACAAAACGAUGCUACCAAUUUAUAGAUAAAAUGAUUGAAUAUAUUAUGGAAUUUCGUACUCGUUCGAAUAAUGUAUUCGAUCAAUCGUGUAAAAACAUUUUUGAUAUUACCUAUAAUAAUUUGAUGAGAGAUCCGAUUGCUAUUGUACGUAGAAUUUAUUCUUACUUUAAUCUUCAUUGA